AUGUGCGACGUCCCCUUCCUCCCCAUCUUCCCCAUCUGCUUCCAAUGCGGAACGGACCAGAAUCCCUGUCGGUGUAAGGUUGUCGGCCCGACACUUGGGUUUAUCUGCACGGUUGUGGCGGCGGUUAUCUGCUAUCCGGCUUCGAUCUUCUGUGGAUGCUGCUUGACGCAGACGGGGAAGGAUGUGCUGGGGUAUCCCGUCAAGGUAAAUGGGGCCGUCAGCGAUGCGAUACCUAUCUAG